AUGGAGCCUACCUUGCGGCGAGCGGCUUCUAGCCUUUGUGGGCGCUGCUCUGCUACUCUUCGGAGGCAAUUGACCACCGGGAGCCAGGCGAAGCCAUGGAUGAGGAUAUCAGCCCAUCAUAUCCGAAGCGUCCAUUCGACGACCAAGGACCAGAAGCGACCUUCGCCUGCCCAAAGGGACUUUUCGACUACGGCGAAGAAUCAAUCCGAAGCUGCAGCUGCGAGCAAAAGUCCGGAACCUCCAGUGCGCCUGAGCGAGGAUAACCUGUUCCACCCGUUCUCCAAGUCCCCAGUCCCGGAGUUCCGACGUCGAGCGGCCUUCAUGCGACAGCAUGCCUAUUGCCCACACCCCGAUCACCAGCAAACCAAGGUUCCGACUAUCGCCCCCCAGCACGAAGAUGCCAAACCCCAAGGCGGUACCCAGGCACCGGCCCAUGUCAACUUUGACUGCCCUGACUGUGGACUUCCCGUUUACUGCUGCGAGGAACAUUGGAUGGACGAUUACGAGAAGCAUCUUGAAAUUUGCGAUACACUUCGACAGAUCAACGAGGAUGAUCAUGACUUGCGUUCUGGCCGAAUUUUCCAUGAGGCAAACCUCCCGGACCUGCAAAUGGAGGACGCCGCUAUCAACAUGACAAACUGGGAUACUUUCAUGUAUACCCGAGAGUUUGAUGCUGUCAACUCGGAUCGUUCGAUGAGACAGAUUACCCGUCUCUUGACGUACCCCGUUACGAUUGGCAGUGUUCUCCACGAGCUUAGCCCGUACAGCAUGAAGAAGGGAGAACGAUUGACUGCGGAGGGAUUGAAGAGUUUCAGCGCCCUGCGGUACAACCUGCACCCCCCCAAGUCUGGUCGAGGUUAUGGUGUCAACCAGCUCCGGCCUGAGCCCCCACCUGUGAGACUUUUCAUCCUGGGAGCUCGUGCUGAGUCGUCUCUGCCACGACCUGCUUGGGUGCAGUUGGCACACAUGUUCCCCGAGGCCCGACUUCAUCUCAUCUUUAUUGGACCAGAGAGUAUGGCCAACCGUGACGACGAGUUUCCGCUGCCGGAACGCACUCCAUCGAACCCCUUUGGAGCGGUAGUGGAAGAUCGUGUCUGGUACAAGAUGAAGAUUAGCACGAUCGUGGAUUACUACCACACCAUCCACAAGACCCAGCACUUUGCGCCUUACGAUCCCUACUUUGAUUGCUUUGUGCUCUUCCACCCCGGUCUGGGCCAUCCUGCCAGCAGUCACGAGUGGGAGGAGACGCUUCCUCUGCUUCUCGAGACCAAGGUUCCUAUCAUCAGCACUGGAUAUACUCAGUUUGAUAUGGAGCGGGAUGUGGAAUGGGUGAACAAGAAAUCGAAGGGAGAGUUUGAUAUCCUUCUUCAACCCGGCGAGAACGUCUUCCGAAGUCUUCGAUGGGAUCUGAAUGACAUGGAUCCCCAGGAUAUCAGCUGUGGUAACUGGGGUGUUUGGGCGUUCCGUGGCAAGAGAUAUGAGACGACGGUUAAAAAUGAGGAGUAA